AUGCCUGCAUCUGCACCUGCGACCGGAGCGAAUGUUCUGCCUGUCGCCGCUGCUCCUGCAUACGUCUCGUCUAACCUACAUGACUUCUGGCCAAGGCUGCCAUGGUCUGCACCGGACGAUCCCGCUCCACCAUUCCUUGACAUGCAAGCGUUAAAAGACGAUGUUGAUUUCGUAAAGGAACAUUGGCUCGACACUGAGCCGCGCAUGCCUCCACCGAACGACAACUCUCGUUGGCAUGGCAUCAAGCUAUUAGGAUCUGGUAGCUAUGGCGCAGCCGGCUUGUGGGCUGAAGCCGAUGCAGCAAACAAUAUUCGUGACAGAAUGGUGAUCAAAGAAGCCAAAGCCUUCACACCAAGCCGAUGGCGCGAUCCCAAGAACUGGCGGGACCGAUUGCCACAAGAAAUACAUUACCAUUCGGGUGGCGACAUGAACGCGGCAAUGACAUUUCAUGCUAAAAGCUGGAAGGACGGGAAACCCACCGACGAGGACAUAUUCGUACCAGAAGGUUUCGUCUGGUAUACCAUCAAAGCGCUCGCGACUGCUUGUCUGGUGCUUCGCGAAGGCAACAUCGAUGACACCCCGGUUGACGGCUGGAGACCCAUCACCCACUUGGAUUUGCAGUUACCAAACAUACUUUUGGAUGUUUAUACUCCACAGAUUCCGGAAGCCAAAGGAAAGUCAAAAGCGGGCUCCUCCAAGAGUGCUAGACUCAACCGUGCCGACGCUGACGAUUGGAGGGCUAGAGAGCCUCCCGUGAUGCCUGUUCUCGCAGACUUUGGUAUUUCCUUCUUCAGUCCGGAUCGUGGCAACUGUCCGAUUACCGACAAUCCUGACGACUAUGUCAUCCACGAAACUGACACGCGAUAUCCUCCUCCUAAAAUUCCGUUAGCUCUUAGACAUGAGCGCAACGUCCGUCCCAAUGAUGAAAAAGGUGUACUCGCAGAGAAGAGCACUGCACAAUAUACAGCUGGGAAGUACGGGCCAGAAGUCAAAGAGUUAGUGCGGAGGUGCUUGAACUUCGAUCAUAAUCUCAGACCAACUCUGAAAGAAAUCCUUGCUGAGGUCGAUCAAUCCUUCUCGGAGGACGACGUUUUGAUAGACCAGGUCAGGGACAAAGACGGCCUGCAACUCAUUCUGCCAGAUACACCCGAGUUCGCCAUUGGACAGCCAGUCGAUGCAGCUAAAAGAAGGGGACGUGAAUGA